AUGGAUCGUGCGUUUGCCUUCCGCUAUCCGCCAGUCACGUUCGCUAGCCGCGCCCAGCACCAGCAGCACCUGGCCACUGAGUUCCCCCCGUUUAUGGCCUCCUUCUGCUUUGCAAAGAACCCGGGCAUGAACAAGCCCACGCCACCAGCCGCCAUCACACCAACAACACCCACACUCCCUCCCAACAUCGCCGCUGCCUCGUUGGCUUCCCUCUCCCCGGCGUCUUCUGCAGCUUCCUCACCAACAACUUCCCCCACCCGCACCAGCAGCCACCACAACAGCAGCAAGCGCCACCGUCACCGCCACAGGUACCAGCACCAGCACUCCCCCGGCUCGCGUCACGCGUCAUCCACGCCAAAACCGCGCCGCAGCAAGAGCGCCAUCGAGCUCACCUCCGCCGCCGCCAACAAGGCCUUCACCAUCUACGGCACGGCCCGCGCUUCGUCCGCCAAGCACCUCUCGUCAUGGACCCACACAGGGCGCUCGCAGUCGGCCGAGCCCUCCCUCAAGGCACUGGCCCGGCUCGCUUCCUCGUCGUCCCCGCAGUCCCACGCCAGCAACAGCCAGCCGGCCUCACCCCAGACGCCAAGCAGCUCCCCGCCGCCACCGCAGGCCAUUGUGCACCACCACCACCGCCACCACAGCGUGCAUGAGCACGCACGUCGUGAGUGCGCGUCCCCGGCCACCAGCAGCAGCACCGCAAGCAGCGCAAGCAGCGCGAGCGUGGACGGGCGCCGGGUGAACGAGAGUGAGAGCGAGGCAGAGCACGACAGCGACGCGGAGGAGGACGCCAGCAAGUGGAUCCGCCCACUGCAUCAGCCGACGCUGGAGCCGCUCGUUGAGGACGAUAACGAGGGCGAGGUUGACACCGGCAGCCUCGGGCACCAGCUCGACCAUGUUGGCGCCAACAACAACGGCGGCGAUGGCCAAGCUGAUGACGACGGUCCAGCCACCAAGCGCGCAAAGGUGAUGCAACAGCAGCAGCAGCAGCAGCAGCAGCAGCAGCAGCAAGAGGUGGUGCAGGCCGUACUGCCUCUGCAACAGCCAGCGGCGAUUGCACGGGGAGCAAAGGCAAGCACCAUCCGCCACAAGAGCGCCAGCGACACAAGCAUUCUCAAGCAGCACAGGCAGCUGCUGUCGUCGGGAAAGCUGGACGACGUGCACUUCAUCUUCGACGACAUCCCCAACGAGACGUCCUGGGAGGAGGCCAUGCAGCUCCGCAAGCAGGCGCGCGAGCGCUAUCUGCACGUGCGCCGCGGCCGUCGUGCCUCCCGCAACACCGCACGCAAGUACCAUAAGGCAAAAGCAGCAGCAGCAGCAGCAGCAGCAACGGCAGCUUCUGCUACUACUUUAUCUUCCUCCUCCUCUUCGGACGGAGAGAUGGAUGAUGUUCGCAAGAACGGCGCCGUGGACACGUCGUGCCCACACUGCCACAAGUCAUACCGCCAAAACAACAGCUUCUUCAAGCACUUGUACGAGCACCACCCGCACUGGCAAUACGUGGCAGACAACUUCAACAUGAGCAAGCACCAGCAAGUCAUGAUGAUGCAGACGGCAGAGCUCCUCCUCUCCCUCCGCAAACCCCUCAAUCACGGACUGCAGCCCCUCGUUCGCUUCGACCUCUGA